CCAACGAUGACGUUAUGCAACGUUUUAUCCUAUCGGAUAUUAGGAACUCUUAAUCCUUCAUUUGAAUACAAGACGUACAAAUAGACUCGCGCGUGUGUCACGUAUUUUUUUUUUGUUUGGAGAGACCAGCCAUCAUGCCUGAUCCCUCCAAAUCAGCUCCUGCGCCCAAGAAAGGCUCUAAGAAGGCAGUUACCAAAGCCCAGAAGAAAGACGGCAAGAAGCGCAAACGCAGCCGCAAGGAGAGCUACUCCAUUUACGUGUACAAAGUGCUGAAGCAGGUGCACCCGGACACCGGCAUCUCGUCCAAGGCCAUGGGCAUCAUGAACUCCUUCGUCAACGACAUCUUCGAGCGCAUCGCCAGCGAGGCCUCCCGCCUGGCGCAUUACAACAAGCGCUCAACCAUCACCUCCCGGGAGGUGCAGACGGCAGUGCGCCUGCUGCUGCCCGGGGAGCUGGCCAAGCACGCCGUGUCCGAGGGCACCAAGGCGGUCACCAAGUACACCAGCUCCAAGUGAGGCGCUUCCACCGCAGCCGCGCCACAGAACACAAAGGCUCUUUUCAGAGCCACCCACAUGAUCGAGAAAGGGUUUCGAACACGUAAAAGGUUUUUGCGUAACUUCUUGCUAUCUUUUAUGUUCCCUAGCAAUUCCUUGGUUACUCUGUGGGUGCAAUCAGGAGAUUGGGGACAGAAUACGAGAAUGUAAAACUGCUUAUUACAGAAAUCAGGUUGAAGCCGUUGCGGAGCUAAAUAGUUGUGGGAGGUGAUCAAAGAUUAACUGUAUAUUCCUUUUUCUCCGCCCAAAGUUAUUAAAAACGCACCAGUAGGCUACAGCAGGAGCGUUUGGAUUCCUAUGCCCUUUGGUAGCUUGAGCGUGUUGCCCCGGCACUUGAGCGCGUGGACCCGGUCCAAGGCCGUGGCAGUCUGCGCGUGGCUUGCUCCGUGUGGUGACGGGGCGUGGGUCACCUCCUCCAGGAAGACCUGUGCCUCCUGCGCGCCUGAGGCCGGACAAGUACUGGACACCGGGCUUGGUGAUGCGCUGAGUAGUGUCGCGCUGCCCCGGCGGUAGCUCCAGGCAUUGCACGCUUGCCUGGAUCAGACAUCUUUAUUUUCCAGCAGUUAACAUCCUCUGGGAGAGCAGCGGCGGGAUCUGUUUGCAAUGCGGUGAAAACGCAACACCGCCCUUCCGCCCCUGUGCUGUGGGAGGCAAACGUGAUAGGAAGCUGAUCUCCGUUGUGGGUAGAUUUAACUGCUAUUUAGGUUGGGAGAAGAGGUGUCAAAUGAUUUUAAAAUCAAUUGAAGAGGAAAAUAAUUCCCCUUUUCUGAACAAAUUGGCCUCCCGCCUUCAGCCACACUAUUAUUUUAUGUGAAGCCUUGUUAGCUGCCGUCCAGUCGCCCCCACUCACGGAGACCCCAUGCACAACAGGAAUUGAACGGUUGUGAUUCAUAGGGUUUUCACUGGCAGAGUUUUGGAAGCAGAUAGCUAGGCCUUUCUUCAUGUCAAGCAUUCAAUAAACGUUUAUUUCUCUUUUCUUCUCUGAAUUCAUGGUAUUUAUUUUGAGCGUCAUCUUGGUUCAGGGAAAGCGCUGUGGCGUGGCGAGUCCUCACCCAAGAAAGGGCAUUGCUUCCCUUUUAUUUGCUUGGCUUUUCUGACUUGUGAAAAAGGGAUUCUUAACAGUUACUUCGUUAUUUUGAGAAUUUGUUAUUGAAAAUUAGUGUCAUCGUCUUAGGCAAGGAAUAGACCUUCAGUUAAUAAAAAUAACGAUCGUUUUUAGCAAGUCAGCUCACCAAAGAAAUCCAGUCACUUGCCCAGGCUGGGGCUGCUGUGGCGAGCGGGGGCUGAGCUCGGGGAGGACAGCCGUGUCAGAAACGUCACAACUCCAGCAUCCUCUGCAACACGGACAGCCAUACUCCCCCAGCUUCUUUUCCUUGAGUGAAUCCUUUCUAAAAGAAUUUUUGAAAACCUCACACGUUUAAAAGUUGUCAUCUAAAAUGUUUUUAUCACAAGUAAAUAAUUGCAAGGAUGUAAAUUCCGACAUAUUGUAAAACCUGACCUUUUAGAAACUAUGUCAUAUCAAUCUUUUAAAGGUAUCCAUUGGAAUAUCAUUUUAAUACCACAAUCAAUUUAUAAAGUACA